AUGGAGAUGAAGUUGCAGAGGUCCACGACGUCGUUUAGGAGGCAAGGCUCGUCAGGGAUGAUAUGGAACGACAAGUUUUUAUCGGGGGAUUUGAACCUAAUGAAAAAGCUUAACACCAAUCAAGGAAACCGAGGAUCGGAUGCUUUGAUGACGCGCAGCGGAUCCGAAGGACACAAUGGACGUAUGUCGGUAACUGCGGCAUCCCCUACCAUCGAUCCUCCUUCUCCUAAGAUCUCAGGAUGUGGCUUUUGUGGGGUUCUUGGUAAACCUACCAAGAAAAUUGUCUCAAACAAACAUGGGGUUUGGGGAGUGGAUGAUAUUGUGGAUCCAAACCUGCAUUUCCCGAGUGUCAAAUUUUAUCCAAGUGAACGGCUUCUCGACAAGGAGAUUUUUCAUCAAUAG